CUUGCUAAAAUACACAAGAGUAUAAUUACCCAUCCUUUAGAACGACCUUAUUAACAAGAUGCCUGCCGUACCCUCCACCCUUCCCGAGCUUGACGAUGUCGCUAUUGCGCCGUUCAAGCAGACUAGUUUGGCCAAAAAAUUGCAUGCGUUGAAUUUGGACGUGGUGAAGCCUGCACCACUGGACCCUGCUCCGCACUCUAAGGUUAAAUUGGAUUUGGCGGUACGCUUUACAAAAGAGUCGCUGCUUCAAAAAGGAUCCACGUGUAUUGUAACACAAUGCCGGGACAAUUCAUACAAUAGAGAUGUGGCGCUGAAGAAGGGUACAUACGCUCAUUUGAAGCAAAUAAGACGCGAGUACAAAAUACACAAAUCUUUAGAGCCACACCCCAAUGUAGCCACCAUGCACGACGUAGUUAUGAACCGAUCGAAGCGCCAAAUUUGUCUGGUUAUGGAGCUUUGUGCCGGCGGAGAUUUGGUCGAUAUUCUCAGUCAAGCCGAUCACGGACUAGCAGAAGACACUACUUUCAGAUAUGCUCAACAGAUCGCUACGGGCCUGGCUCACAUCCAUUCACAGGGUGUUGCACAUCGCGAUAUCAAGUCCGAUAAUAUAUGCUCAGAUGAGACAACGGGGGUGAUGAAAAUAGUUGACUUCGGAGAAGCAUCUCGUAUUUCUGAUCCAAUUACUGGCUUAUACAAGGGCACACCCGGCUACAUGGCUCCCGAGAUCGUGGAGCGACUCGAGAAACGCAUUGAGGCUGGGACUAAGGAUUACAGCAACAUUGACCUCUUAAAGUGUGAUGUCUGGGCCUUUGGAAUCACGCUAUACACUAUGCUCACGAGUAAGUUCCCCUUUACUCUAGCAUCUCAAUCCACGACUGAAUAUGCCAGUUACGCAAAGGGAGAGGUACUUGGUAAAGUUGAAGAUUGGGAAAACAUCCCCGAAUAUAUGCAAACGUUGUUGCUAAACGUUUUGACGAUCGACCCAUCAAGUAGAUGGAGUGCGCAACAAGUCGUCUCGUACCUGGAGGAUAUAGAAAAUACACGUUAAUGAUACACAAAGUGAUCAAAUUUAGUAAAUAAAAAUUAGUGAAGCAAAAGC